UUGUCAAAGUGGUCUGUGAUUAAAUAAUACUUUAUUGAUCACUUCACAAAGUAAACAAGUUUUUGAUUUCCUGAACAAAUUAUUUGUCACGAUGACUAUACUAAUAACACCUUUUAGUAAAAAAGGAGAUAAACUUGUUGUGCCAUUGGUUAGUGCUGAUCAAUUAGCCAAAACCACUGAGGCGGCUCAAAAAGAUGCAGAAGCUCAGAAUGGCAACAUCGUUUAUUUCAAUACCAGAGCUCGUCGAGUUUCAAACUCAACAAUAUUUGGCUUGCUCUUCGCUGCUUUGCUUAUUGUAAGCAUUGGUAUUAUUAGCGGAUUUUACCUCCAACAACAGUACCUUCAACUACCUAGAUUCAAAAGCAAAGUUAGAAUCAGCGCUCAAGGUUUACACAUCUCAGAUUCUCUCUACGAGCGUACUUCCAACGAUGAACUACAAGAAGCCCUUGAGAUUGACCUGGUCAACAAAAUCGAAAAGAUCGACGUGCCAGACUUCAGCGAUGGUCGGAACGGACGUUUCAUCCACGAUUUCAACACCAACACAACAGGAAUCAUCGAUACCUCUGCUCGGAGAUGCUUCGUGAUGCCCUUGAACAGGGUCAACGUACUACCACCGAAAUCGUUUUUCGAUCUGAUGAAUAAAAUGUGGGAUGGAUACUACAAAGUCGAUACUCAGGUUGUGAAAGAGACCAUGCAUGUAGUCUUGCCCCCCAUCAAAGAUACCCAAAGCAUUGGAAACUACAUCACAAAGGAAUGUGAAGAUAUGCCGAUCUAUAAAUUGGAGAAAUCGGUUGGAAGAGUGGUAAAGAGAUCAGCUGAAUUGAAUGCAGAAGCCAAAUUUGCCCAGUUCUCUGGCAACGGAAUCACAGAAAUUGACAUUAUCAAUUUCAGUGAUGUCGAAAAUUAUGAAAAAAAUUUACAUUAAUUUAAACCGGUAGAUUUUACUCAUAGAUAUGUUGUUCCUAGAUACAUAUCAUGGAAUUAUGAAUAAAUGUUUGACUAAUUUCAAUAAUCA